UUUUUUCCCGCGAAACUCAAUCAACUGUGUCGUAGCAAUUUGACAAAGCGUCGAUUGAAAAACCACCGAAUAAGAACGUCGUAACCAUCCAGCUAGGGAAUAUGUUCGGAAAGGUGAGGUGGCGUCGCCACUGUCGCAAUCGGUGGAAGCUAGCCUCUAGCCCCUAGCCCCUAGCCCCUAGGCUCCAUACCAGCGAUCAGUGCGAUUUCAGCAGAAGCCAGAAACGUUUUGCGUCGCACGUUGCGCGUUUCUCUCUAGCUGUUUCGCAACCAGAAGGAAUCCGUUACCCGACUCGCUCUCUGUGUCGAACCAUCGAAACCGUCGGACUGUGAUCGUCGAGUCUGCGCCGCAAACAUGAGAUUCGUCCAUGUAACCUGCGUCUUACUCGCUACGGCAAUCUGUUGCAACGACAACGACACUAUUGCCAAUGAGCAAAGCACGUCAACAGCUUCGUCAUCCGCUUCAUCCGCGACAGUGACAACAGCGUCUACAACUUUGUCAACGACAACCAAGAAAACGACUGUACCUGAAAAUUGUACAAAUACGGGUACAAUCACGACUACAACUACAGCCACUACAAUCACAACUAUAGCCACACCUACCACGAGCAAUGCAUCCAUUUCAUCAACGACUGCAGUUCCAGUGUCGACAAAAGUUGCUCCACCGUCUCCUUACAAGGAACGACACUUUGAUGGACUGAGCUUUCUAGGUGGUAUCAUUUUAGCUACGUGCUUGAUGGCAAUCGGCGUGCUCUCCUGGAAAUUUUAUAAAACCUUCAACGAGCAAAACUACCGCACCCUAUGAUACAGACGUUGCCAUCGCGAGAAUUCCAUUUUCCAAUAAGUAAAUGAGCAGUCGUUGGGACUGAAAACUACUGAAAAUUUUACCAUAAUAAUAAUAUUACGUAUUUUUAUAACGCACUCGAGUGUCGCGUGGUUUAAGUGCUCUUAGUAAUGUGAUGUGCAAACGAGAAUUUCGUUUCUUUGUAUGCAGUUGCUGCAAAGGCGGCGGGGUUACGCGCGUUGUGUUGUUACGUGUGUAGCGUCGCCUCUUUGUACGCGUCGCUCGCACGCGUCGCUCGCACGCGCAUCGUAAUAGCGUAUACGCAUUCGAGGGAAUGAGAGAGAGAGAGUACGCGAACGAGCGAGCGAGCGAGAGAGAGAG